GAAAACUUCACCAUGGUUUCUCUGGCGAACGAUUUCCUCACUGCCUACGUCGACCGGUCUGGCCCGCGACUGGCAGCCGUAUUCACCCCAGAUGACCUGGAAUACCGAUUGCGCGCAUUCUACGAAUCAUUUAACGCCCAUGAUUUGUCCAAGCAAAUUACACAAGCUUUCUUCCCCGCCCAUCGCAAAAUCUUGAGACUCUCGAAGGAUGAACAAAAGGCUUGGGUGGAGGUGUUUGUCGAAUACUGGCACACGGUGCGCGAGUUGCUCAUGUACCAGACCCGUCAACCCGGGGCCAGCGCGGUCACCAUCUUCAAUGCUUGGAAGAAAAUGGCCAAUCAGCUGAUCAGGGGCUAUUCCUCCUUUCCUGCCUGGACUUUGCCUUGCUUGUAUACUAGCGGCAAGUUCCUGCGCGUCUUCGCGAUCAAAGCCGACGCCGAGGCGGUCUCCCAAGGCUCAGCAAGCUUUGGAUUCCAAGAUGACAUCGCUGCGGAUGUCGAGAAGAAUGCGAAUUUGGAGGAAGCUGCUCGAAUCAUGAAUCGCAUGUUCACAUUAUGCUUAAGUGACCGUGCCCCUAUCGAAGAAUCCCGCAAGUGGGGGAUCUAUAACACGACCAACCUUCUAUUCAAGACCUAUUUCAAGAUCAAUUCGGUUGGCCUCACUAAGAACCUUCUCCGCGCAAUCAGCGCCCAGUCGCAUGAUCUUCCGCCAUUGGAGGCGUUCCCCAAAUCUCACAUUGUUACGUUUGAAUACUACGUUGGUGUUAUUCACUUCUUAGAUGAAAACUAUAUUGAGGCUGAAAAGCAUCUCACAUCUGCUUGGAGGAUGUGCCAUCGACGUGCGCUUAAGAACUGCGAAUUGAUCCUCACAUAUCUGAUUCCUUGUCAUCUGGUUACAACGCAUACUCUUCCCAGUCCUCGCUUAUUGGCCCAAUUUCCCCGACUUGAGGCUUUCUUCCGACCUCUGUCGAAUUGCAUUCGAAAAGGCGAUCUCGCGGGCUUUGAAGCAGCCAUGGCCGCUGGCGAAGAAGAAUUUGUGAAGAGGCGUAUCUAUUUGCCUCUGGAGCGAGGGCGCGACAUUGCGUUGCGCAACCUUUUCCGCAAAGUCUUCAUCGCUGGUGGCUUUGACGAGGGCAAAGAUGGACAGCCUCCAAUCCGACGAACCCGAGUUCCCGUCGCGGAAUUUGCCUCGGCGAUGCGCAUUGGGACACACACCAAAGCCAGGACCCGAGUUGAUAACGAUGAAGUGGAGUGCUUGUUAUCCAACCUCAUUUACAAGGGUCUUAUGAAGGGAUACAUUGCUCGCGAACGAGGAAUCGUAGUGCUUAGCAAGAAUAAUGCUGCUUUCCCUGGAACAGGGGUCUAA